AUGUAUUGGUGGGUAAAGAAAGUUAAGAACACGUCGACAUGGUCGUAUCGGCUGUUCACCUCCUCACAUGCACAAUUCCCAAUAUUUUGCUUCGUGCUCGCUGUCCAGGAUGCAAGCUUUUGUCCAUCAGCCAAUCACGAAGUUGGCCCAUCUUUCGGCCUUUCCACCUCUCUCAAAGCUACUCGUACUCGCAAUACGGCACAGCGGGACUGGCAAUCUUUUCUCUUCUUCGACUCAGCGUAUGGGAACAGCGCUGCUGUUGGCAGUUCCGAUAGUUCCCGGGGACGUGAUGCCUCUCUUCUUUUUACAGGGGAUAACAAUAUAAAAGAAAAGAAAAAGCAACAGCAGCAGCUGUCCGCCCAGUCAGAAAUUGACGAUUUGGAACCCCAUUCACACCUAGGGUAUGGGGCCCGAGCCGUUUACGAAAAUGCACACCCCACGCAGGACCCCCCAUCUCCCCGUGCAGCCGGGUGGCUGAGUGAGCCGGAUUCCGGGGAGCCGUCCCAUUCGCGGCUCAACUAA